AUGUUGGAAGUGUGGGCUCCACAGUCCUACCUGUUCGAGGCAGGUUGCUUCAGCAACAUUUCCACGCCAUCUACACUGCCGUUUGCACAGACCUGCAACUCCUUUGGGCGCUUGGCACAGGUCACCGGAACGCUUGCCGAUGUCAUGUUAUGGGAGCCCGAUGUCAGCUACGAGCUCAACCUUCACUUGGCCCAAAAUGGAGAUCUCGCCAGUAACGCAGACAACAGCUGGAUGGCACAGCUUUGGCAGCAACUUCCGCCGUCGAAUCUUUCAGACACGAGUGCAGACACGCCGCUCGGCGUUGGGCCUGCAAUAGUUGUGAGAGAUGCUGCCGUGUGGCAGCCUGGGGCUUCCGGAGCUGAAUCACAGAUCUUGCGCACGGAUGACCGCUUGCUCGUGAUUGACACAACUUGGCUGGAAGCAAAGGGCCUAUUUGUUGGUCCCUCCGAAGCCGCUGUGCUUCUGGCAGACGGGCGAUUUGGGAAGACGGCAGCAGCUGCAUUGCGCAACGCUCCAGCAGACGACCGCCCACGACCAAUGUCAAGAACUGACUUGAAGGAGCUUGUAUACAAGACGGACAUCGGCGGCUACCGAGUUGAAGGGGCCACAGCAGCUUUUGCCGUCGGCUCGCGUUACCCACAGGACUGGACAUCAUUUGUUGCAGGUCUUCAGCUUGGGUUUUCCACUCCGCUUCGACUGGCGAGCCUUCGCAUUUCUGCUCCGCCUCAUUUCCUCUUCUCCUGCGAGCAGCUGGAGACUGGAAACACCCGACUCGCCGCAGCUUCGGCAGCUUUGCCCUGUCGAGUGGUGGCGAGCCCAUUCGAGUCGGCGCUGUUUCUGCAGGGAGCGGAGCCCGGCGGGCCGAAUGGCUACGCAGCAGGCAUGCACUGGUGGUUUGGAGGAUUGGUUCGACUGGAGUUUCAAUCCGGCUGGCCAGAGGAGCGACAGCAGUGGGAGGUGGAGUUAUCGGAUGAGAAUGGUGAUCUUCGCGUCCGUGCGUCGCCCCAGACUGCUCCAGAUAUGGCGGAGUCCUGGCUUCUCCAGGCAGAGCUCCUUCCGCGAUUCACAGGUACCGGGGAAACCACCCUCGUGGACCUAACGUUCGAGACUCGUUUCUUCGAUCCAUUGGACGGCGCCACGCUUCCGUCGCAGGACUCGGAGAAUGACAUUUGGAAUGCCACUGAAGAGCACCUGCAGCUGAUCGUCCGGGCACCACGCAAUGUGCCCUUCGAUCGCGCACAGUUCGCCGAAGGCACUUGCAUUGAAGCGGGCGACAGCGUCUUCUUCCCUGAUGACACUUACUUGGGCCGGCCGCCUGCUGCUUGCACUCGACUUCGCCUCAGUCGACGGCAGCAGGAUUUAGUGGAGGUGCCUGCCACCAAUGUGGCACCAAGGAGGUUCCAAGGUCGGGUGCGCAUGGCGCUAACCCUGACGCC